UCCUACAGGACUGCCGCAUCCCGCUUGGCAGAGCUCGCCCGGGAAACUUGGCUUUACAAUUAAAUUUUCUUUAACAUUUUUAAAAUAUUUAUUUCGGUACGCAAAAUUUUUUACCGGCGCUGAAUUGAAGUUUAGGGCUCCAGAGGCUUCGGCCUCGGGCCCCGGUAAUCCUGGGGCCUUCGGUUUCGCGUGCUAGUGAAAGCAUUAUUCGCGAUGUCGCUUACUGUGAAAUUAAAUCGAUUUAAAGUUCUUAAAUGUAAAAGUGAGAAGUUCGCGCGCUUGGAGUUCAGAGGUGUGGAGAAGUACACUUCUGUGCUCCAGGACCAUGAAGAACUAAUCUAUGUCAACCAGAGAUUCGAAUGGCUGGUCGGUCGUCCAAUAGACCCGGGCGAGGUCCUGACACUGCAGCUGUUGUCCCGCGGACGAUGGGGCUCCCACCGCGUGCUGGGCGUGUACCGGCUCGGCCUGCAGAUCCUGGUGGCGGACCAUCAGCUCUGCGUCACCGACACCCUGGUCGACGAGCGGAACAAGGCUGUGCCGGUAUUCGUCGAAAUGGAGGUGUAUUACAAGCCGCCAGCGACGCCGGGCCCUUCCACGCCGCUGGACGACGUGCCCUACCGCUGCGACGCCGGCUCCGGACGCGGCUCCAACUUGGUCGACCAACCCACGAGCUCACUACGAGUGUCUAAUAUCACGGACUUGCCCUCGGUCCACGGAUCCGUCGCCACCAGUCAGCAAAACUCAGGACGGAGCUCCAUUCAGGUGUCAGAUGAAGAUAAUGCUCUAGAGGACAUCGGAAGAAACAUAGCUACGCUGGAGCGCAGCAUGCAGAACCGGGAGGUGGUCAUCGACAUAGACUCGGGCGACGAGUCUCGCGCCAGGAAACUGAAGAUUGCUGGCAAACGCUUCCUCAGGCGUGGAUUCUCAAUGGGCGCAGACAGAGUGGUGACCAUCUCAGAAGGCGAACGCAAGAGGACUUCUACCUUCAAGAGUGUCCGCAGCCUCAUCCGCCUGGGACGCGUGCGCAACCGGGACUCCAGCGGAGACGAAGAGGCCCUGCUGGAGGCGCCGGGGCCGUCCGAGGAGCGCCCGCCCAGCCAGACGUCGGUCUCCUCUGAUGAAGUCUUGGUAGACACGCGCUCGCCGCCUGACACGCCCAAGAUCAAGAAAAUGCGCAGUACCCUUGACAACAGUCGCAUAUCAGCGUUGAAGGCGGCCGAUUUCCAAGUCUGCGUGACCGUCAUAGAAGCCAGGCAGCUGGCGGGGCUGAACAUGGAUCCAGUUGUGUGUGUCCAGAUAGGAGACGGCAAGAAGUACACCAGUGUCAAGGAGAGCACCAACUGCCCUUAUUACAAUGAGUACUUCGUGUUCGACUUCCACAUGCCGCCCAUCAUGCUAUUCGACAAGAUCAUAACACUUUCCGUGCUACACUCGCGCAACAUCCUCCGCGCCAAUAAGCUGCUUGGCAGCUUCAAGCUGGACGUUGCCACAGUGUGGAACCAACCUGACCGCCAGUUCUACCACAAGUGGGCGCUGCUGACGGACCCCGAUGACGUGGCAGCCGGGCCCAAGGGCUACCUGAAGUGCGACAUCAGCGUCAUCGGCAAGGGAGACACCAUCAAAGUCCCCCCCAAGAGCGAGAAGGACGAAGAUGAUAUCGAGGCCAACCUCCUGCUACCAGAUGGCGUGCCAAUCGAGCGCCAGCGGGCCAAGUUCAUUGUCAAGAUCUACCGAGCUGACGGGUUGCCUAAGAUGAACUACUCCAUCUUAGCCAACGUGAAGCGAGCCUUCACCGGCGAGAGCCAAGACUUGGUCGACCCCUAUGUGCAAGUCUGCUUUGCCGGCAUGACCGGUUGUACAUCAGUGAAGAAGAACUGUUACACGCCCGUUUGGAACGAGCAGGUAGUGUUCGCGGAGAUGUUCCCGCCGCUGUGCCAGCGCAUCAAGAUACAGCUCCGGGACAACGACCCCGUGCAUCCCAAUGUCAUCGGCACACACUUCAUAGACCUGAAAAGCAUCUCCAACGAUGGAGAGAAAGGUUUCCUUCCAACAUUUGGACCAGCUUACGUAUAUCUAUAUGGAUCAACUCGUGACUAUAGCCUCAUAGACCAGCACGCCAAUCUCAACAUGGGUAUGGGUGAAGGUGUCGCUUACAGAGCCAGAAUUCUCCUCUCUAUUCGUACGGAGAUAACGGAUAAUCUCGAAUGUCCUGCUUCUGAAGUAGAAGUGGAACCAAUCACAGCGAUCAGUGAACCAAACUUUGAGAAAAACGAAGAGUUCUUCUUGUUCGCCAGCGUGUUCGACGCCAACAUGAUCGACAAACGGCUCACUGAUAAGCCAAUACAGUUUGAACUUAGUAUUGGUAAUGCUGGAAACACUCUUGAUGGUUAUAGUGAAUCAGUGAAGCGAGCGCAAGAUUUGGAAGUCACAGAUGAUAAUGAAGAAUUAACAGCAGACACAGGUUACUGGCAGAGCGUGACGCAUCCGACGAAGGCGACAUCUAGCGACAAGAACUACUACUACCUACCCUACUGGGACCACAAGCAAUGCAUGCAUGUCCGCAGUAUCUGGCCCGACCACCGCAGACGGAUGUACAAUUCCAACCUGAUUUCCAACAUCAUCGAGAAAUUCGAGGAAGGUUUGGCUGACGUGCAGCAGGCGAUGGAUACGGACGCAGGCGACAGCGCCGUCGUCGUAUCGCUGAAGACGACGCUCGAAGCCGCCAGCAACGCUUGCGCAGCUUACGUCCGACACAUGACCAACGCCCCGCCUAUAGGGAACACCAAGCUAGAUCGGGAGAGGCAGAAGAUGUGCAUUUAUGAAAUAGAACAAAUCUGUAGCCUAUCAAAGACACUGAAGGCACUUAUAACAAAAAAUUCGUUAAAAGAUCGUUUACGCACAGCAUACUCAUAUUUGACUAAACUAAAACAUAUUUGUGAAGACUCACAGCACGCAAUGCCCGAUAUCUUCAUUUGGAUGAUCAGCAACGGGAAGCGUCUGGCGUACCAGCGAAUCCCGGCAAGGGAUGUUAUCUACUCCGACAUCCCAGAUGAAUGUGGAAAGAACUGCGGGAAAAUGCAGACGCUGUUUCUAAAGUGGCCAGGCAAAAAAGCAUCUACACCAAGUGGUUGGUCCAUACCAGCUAAAUUGAAUGUAUACUUGUGGUUAGGACAUUUACAAGACAAGAAACAUUACAUCGAUGGCCUUCCUCAAGGCUAUGAGCUAAGUUACGAACUGAGAAAUGCUGACAAAUUGCGCUCUAACGCUCCAUCUGUCAUAUAUUAUGCAGAAAAACAUACUUUUCAAAUGAGAGCGUAUGUUUACCAGGCACGAUCUCUCAUUGGGUCUGACUCUUCAGGACUUUCAGACCCUUUUGCUAGAGUAGUCAUCGGCGAAAGUAGCACAACUACCCAAGUGAUUGAUGAAACUCUGAGCCCGACUUGGGACGAGCUACUUGUUUUUGAUGACAUAUUAUUGUAUAGCACAAUAGAACAAAUCAAAGCUGAUCCUCCAACUAUUGUUAUUGAAAUAUUUGACCAAGAUAAAGUGGGCAAAUCAGAAUUCAUAGGACGCGCUUUAGCAAGACCUCAUGUGAAAGCAUUUGAAGAUACUUAUGACAGACCAACCUGCCCUCCUUCGCUUGAGUGGCAUGAAGUAAGUCGUGGUGACGACCGAGCAGGAGAACUGUUGGCUACGUUCGAGUUAUUGGAAAUUCCUGCAAAACAAGAUGCAUCAAUACUUCCAGAUUUACCAACGCCACGAGAAGCUACUGGGAAACCUCCAGUUGAUAUAAACAAAGGACCAAUAUUACCAGUACCGAGAGGUAUACGGCCAACGCUUUCAAAAUAUCGUAUUGAAGUCUUGUUCUGGGGCUUGCGAGAUCUCAAACGCGUUCAUCUACUCACAGUAGAUAAACCAAGAGUUGAUAUCGAAUGUGCUGGACAUAUUUUAUAUUCUACUGUUAUACAAAAUGCAAGACGUAACCCUAAUUUCAAUAAUCCUAUAAAAUUCGUCGACUUAGAACUACCAGAUCAAGAUCUUUACAGACCGCCAUUGACUAUCCGCGUUGUUGACUGUCGAAGUUUUGGUAGAAUUACCUUGGUUGGAACACAUACCAUCAACACUAUACAAAAAUACAUUUAUACGCCAAUGAGUAAAAGGGAGAGAGAAAUUGAAGAGCGAAAAAAAUCACUGAUACAAUUACAAAACGUAGACUUACGCGCGAAUUGCAUAGUGCAAGAAGACGUCUUCACAAUUGAAAAUGAAAAAGAAAGUUGCCCACUACUGAACCGCGAUGGAAAGCUAACUAUUACCUAUGGCUCGGGAGUCAAACAAGCAGUACGCAAAAAAGUUCCAAAACGUGAGUCGUCUAAAAAAAGAAAAGCAAGUACUGAUUCGGCACUAGAUGAUGACGAAGGUAACAAAGACUGGUGGACCAAAUACUUUGCCUCAGUUGAAUCUAUGAUAGAAGAGGAAAAGGAGGCGAAAAAGGAAAGGCAAGGCUUUUUGGCACCUCAGUUAUCAUACAUUGAUGAAACUCGCUCACUCAGGGAGGAAUUGCACUCGCCUCGACAGGAUCGUGAUCGUAUGAAGCGCUCACGCCCAUCUACGUCGCCGAGAGCUAAACUUAGUCCAACAAUUUCAAAAACCAACGAAAUCCCAGCUUCGGCUUUGACGAAGAUCUAUCCACAUGAACUUGAAGCAGUGCCCGAAUACGAUGAAUUUAAAGAAUGGUUACACUCUUUUGAAUUAUACAGGGGGAAAAAGACAGGCGAUGAAUCGGAAGACGAAAGUCGCGUUGUCGGAAAUUUCAAGGGCGCAAUAAAGGUGUACAAAUGGCCGUUACCAAGAGGAAUCGAUGAUCAUACAGUGAUGGGUUUCGAUCCUAAUUAUGGUUUCUUCCAAGGAGUCCCAAAUAAUGAUCCAAUUCAUGUAUUAGUACGUGUGUACAUAGUGAAAGCCACAGAUCUUCACCCGAUGGAUCUAAAUGGAAAAGCUGAUCCUUAUAUCGUGUUGCAUUUAGGGUCCAAACGAAUAAGCGAUAAAGAAAAUUACGUUUCAAAGCAGCUAAAUCCAGUUUUCGGCAAAUGUUUUGAAAUUGAAGCGACAUUUCCUCAAGACUCUAUGCUUACUAUACAAGUUCUCGACUGGGACUUGCUGGGAUCCGACGACUUGAUAGGUGAGACAAAAAUAGACCUGGAAAACAGAUUCUACAGUCGACACCGAGCAACUUGCGGUCUGCCCAUGAAGUAUGAAGAGCAAGGUUACAAUCGAUGGCGUGAUGCCUUGAAGCCAACUCAGAUUUUGGCAAAGCUGUGCAAAGAUGGUAAAUUGGAUCCACCUGUGUAUGAGUUGGGUCGUGUGAAGAUUGGUCGCACUGUAUUUAAUAUGCCAGUUGACGAUACGGAGCUGUUUUCGAAUCCUGACACCUUGGAAGAGCAAAUGGCGCUAGUGGUACUACGCCGCUGGCAAGAGGUCCCACGGGUCGGUACCAGGCUAGUUAUGGAGCAUGUGGAGACCAGACCUCUAUAUAACCCCUGCAAACCUGGUAUUGAACAGGGCCGUUUAGAGAUGUGGGUUGACAUGUUUCCAAUGGACAUGCCUCUGCCUGGUCCACCGCUAGACAUAUCAGCGAGGAAACCCAAAUCUUAUGAAAUGAGGGUAAUCAUUUGGAACACAGACGACGUCGUGUUGGAGGACGAUGCUUUCUUUACUGGAGAAAAAAUGUCUGACAUCUACGUCAAAGGUUGGGUCAAAGGUCCAGAUGAUUGUCAAUGCACGGAUAUACAUUAUCGUUCUCUGACGGGAGAAGGAAACUUCAACUGGCGUUUUAUCUACCCAUUCGACUAUCUGGAGGCAGAGGAACGCAUAGUGAUCUCUCGGAAAGAGUCUGUGUUCUCGUGGGAUGAGACCGAGUGUAAGAUCCCGGCUCGGCUUGAACUACAGGUGUGGGACGCUGAUCAUUUCUCUGCUGAUGAUUUUUUGGGUGCGAUCACAUUGGAUUUGAAUCGGUUUCCGCGAGGAGCUAAGUCUUCCAAGCUUUGCACCCUUGACAUGCUCCGGAACGAUGGGUCUGUUCCGAUGAUCAACAUCUUCAAACAAAAACGGGUCAAGGGCUGGUGGCCAUUCUACAUCAAACGUGAUACGGAAGAGAUGGAACUCACUGGGAAGGUAGAGGCUGAGAUCCAUCUGUUGACUCGUGAGGAAGCUGACAAGGUCCCCGCCGGACUCGGCCGCAACGAGCCUGACCCUCUGGACAAGCCUAACCGUCCAGACGCAUCAUUCAUGUGGUUCCUGAACCCCCUCAAGUCCAUACGCUACAUCGUGUGGCACAACUACAAAUGGACCAUCCUGAAGGCCGCCAUCAUCCUCCUUGUGGCCCUGAUGUUCCUUUUGUUAGUUUACGCCGUGCCCGGAUACACAGUUAAAAGGCUCCUUGGUGCUUAGAAUAAGUCAAUUAUUAUAGCUAGUAACAUAGAUUUAUUUAUUCAUUCAUAUUUUUCAAUGGCAGCGUGAUGAAAUCUAGCAAGGGUAUCUAUGGGAGGUAAAAGCAUUCUGGUUUUAUCGCCAGCUUCCCAUUAACCUUUUUCUGCGCGGCUGUAGCUAGAAGUCUGCUGGACUUAAUUAUUUCAAUUUCAAAAAAAUUCAAUUUCAAUAUAUUUCCACAAAUAUCGGUUAAGGGAUUUGGGUACUUUUGUAUGCACCUGUCUCGUUAUAUAUUUUUUUAUCUGCCAGCUAUAAUUUAUUUCUCAUUAGUAGCUAAAUAUUGAAAGUAAAAAAGACAUAACAGAUUUAAAUAUUUUAGAUUAAAAAAAAUCAUAAAAUUCAUAGUUCUAACCAUAGAAUUGUUUUAUUGCUAUCGGUCGGUUCCAAGAAAAUUGGAGAUAAUUUUUUUUAAAUUUAUUUCUGAAAAAUUUUGUAACGAAUAAAUUCCCUGAUAUCAUUGCUCCGACCCAUAAUCUCUCGAAGAAAUCUAACUAUAUUUCUUGAAAUAUCAUAAAAUAUCAUAGUUUUGGUUGGCAAGAAGCUGACCCAAAUCCCUUUAAAUUUAAUAUUUAUUGUGCAUAUUUAGAAAUAAUGUAAGAAUAAUUUUAAGCUUUCUUCAAUUAAGGUAAGUGAAAAUCUUCAUUACUCUCUACUUAUUGUACUAGUACUUCGUUUCAUCUCGGCCAAACAUACAUUCGUAUUUCUGUGUGUUCUCCUCAUAGUGUUCUCCUCAAACGAUCCCCGUGAAAUUUUGGGAGCAGGUUCGAUAAAUAUAUGAAAAUCCAUAGUUGACCGAUUAUUUGAAACAUUUUGAAAAUGAACGUGUUGGCACAAUGGUCUCAAGCGUGUAUGGUCACAAUGGUCUAUAGAUUGUAUGGCUCUCACGCACAUUUUGUGUUUGAGAAAAACAACGAAAUAACAAACGAAUUUUCGAUUAGGACAUACUACAGACGGAUAUUUUCACCAGUCUUGUUAAAAGAUGAAUAGCCGAGGUUGUUUGUAAAAAGACAGAUUGGUUCGAGAGGCCAGAGUUCUGAAAAGUGUUUUUCUUCCGGAAAGUAUUUUUCUUUAGUUCAAUGUACUUAUUUAGUUCUCUAUCUCUCUCGCGAGGUCUAAUGCUCUCAGAGCCACUAGUAGAUCAAUUUCUUAAUAAGAAUUUCAGAUCUUCUAGAAUAUUGUCAGUUCAUUACAUCAGAGCUUAUGGGUUAUCGGUACGUACACCCAUGUCUGGGCUCGAUAUUAUGGAAUGACUGAGUCAUUCGAAUAAGCUACUUGGAGCAGUGAAUCCCGGCUUCUAUAGCUUUUAGGUUAAAACACGAAAACGAAAAAUAUGGAAAACUGUUUUUGCGAGAAAAAUAUUUAUUUUUUGCGUAGAAAAUUACAUCUUAAACUUUUCUAUUGCCAUAAGAUUAUACACGUCCUACAACUGUCGCCCCAUUCAAUCCUUAUAAUUAAAAAAUCUGCCCGUCGAUAUGUCUACUACAUAAAUUGUGUUUCCCAUAAAUUUGAUUGACGGUGUUUGGUGAACGGGUUCUUUUCCCACUGGAGAUAGUCAACGUAGCACACAACUAGUUUUCAAGCAGGUACACAGCGUGUGAUUCGUCCCCGAUAUGACGUUAAACUGUCGGGCGUCCUUACGAUCUGGGACGUACAGAGGCGCUGAUGGGGCUUAUGCACAAUAUAUAUAUUCACCGGACUUCUAUUCAGCUAGCACGGUGGUAGGCAAUCAGUAAAAUGUACAACUGUGUGUUCAGAUGACCUUGGACGUAUAAUUAGUUUAGGAGUUAUUGAACAAUAUUGUUCGCGUGGCCGAUCAACUUUUGUUAAGGCGUCAUUUCUAUAUUUCCAAUAGUUUAGCUGGACCAUCGUUCUCCAUCCAGGUGUUCCAGUUAUCAAAAUCAUUUAUAACCCUAUAUAUUCCCAGACUUCAUAGCUAUAUAACAAAAACUUUUUUUUCGAAUCCGUCCAGUAGUUCGGAGAUUAGCGUGUACAAACCGACAAACAGACAUACAGACAGAGAGAUUGUUUUUUUCAAAUUCUUACCGUAUACUCUACUGCCUAAUUUUAUGGAAAUAUAUUCAAUGUACAGAAUUUUCUUCUACUGUUUUAUUAUAUGUAUUGAUUAUAGGUAAAUUCAGACAUUCAGUAGCGUUGGCACGAGGUUAGAGUAACUUAGACUGUUGGCGGUAGAGCUACGGUUACAGUUAUCGCCGCCGAUAGUCUGAGGCAAGUUAGUAUAUCUACUACCCCUCUAAGAUAUUACAGUGACGGGUUAAUAGCAUUUUACCCCUAUUGAUUAUUCUUGCGCAGUCAAUCAACGCAUGCAAUAUGAUAAAAAUGUAAUAUGAUGAUACGUAUUUUGGAGAGACCUCGUAAUUCUGAACUCACUUAGCUAGCUUAAGUAUGCAAAGUAUAUACUGAUAUAUACAUUUUCUCCCCGUCUAUCCUUCUGAAAUUAAAGGCCUGUCUAUGAUUAAAGGCCAGUGGUAAUGGUUCAUUACUAUGACCUUGAAAGAACGGUGGGACGUCAUCAAGAACUGGCUGUGACGUACAGCUCCGUGCGGGGUGGGGCACGGACCCCUUGCCGUACGUCCAGACGACCUAGGACGUAUCAGCGUUGUUUAGAACUUGUAAACGCUAUUUUCAGCAUCAAAGGUUUUGCCAUUCCCCUUUUCCCCUUUUCUCCUUCUCCCCUUUUCCCCUUUUAACCUUUUCCCCUUUCCCCCUUUUCCCCUUUUCCCCUU